AUGGCGUUCAAGCGGCCAGCGUCUAGUGCUAAUAUGCGGCGUCCUGCAGCCAAGCGGCCUGCGAUUUCAGAUGAUGCGCCGGCAAAGUCUCCCUCGGUUUUUGAAGAGUCAGAAGAAGAAACUGCGCGGAUGAGUGGAGAGGAACAUGGUGAAUCUGAAGUAUUCGCUGGUUCAGACGACGACGAUGAUGAGGGCGUCGAACUCCCUGCGCCUCCAGAGAUCUCGAGCAUCGGGGUGGACAACAUGCUGCAUGCGCAUUUACUUCGGAAUCCAGACUGCGUUGACCGCCUGGUUGAGAAACUGGAGAUCCUGAGCCGAGAGUCGGGCGAGAUCACAGCAGGCUCAAUAUGCAGUGGAUGGGGCGUUGCCGAGAUGGUCUGCAAUGCCUUGAACUCGGCUUUGGCUCGUUUGGCGAAGAAGAGAGAUCCUCCGAAGGAAGUGUGGUUGACAGCGGCCUUUCAUUGUCCCACAGCCUUUUCGGGCGCAAGUGCUGCGUCCUCAAAGGAUGAGAUUGCUCUGGGCAGUGAGGCUGAGAUUAUGUACGCUUCAGAUGAUGACGAAGUCUUCUUCGAGUCAGACGCUGACGAAAAUGGAUCAGUUUUUGCUUCCACUGCAACUGAUGAGUGUGGCCAUCAGACAGCAAAGAGAAGGAAGUAUACCCAGAGGACUUCAGAAUCAUUUCAGUUUUUGGGACGGGAUGUAUGCUUUGCUGCCUUGAGCCGAUUGGUUGGUGUUGGAUCCUCAACCUUGCAGAAGAUCCGGCAAGGUUUGCCAACGUUCACGAACUGCGCAAGGCCAAGUUUACCUAAGCAUCCACAGUACGGGUUCACCAUGCGAGGUGAAGGCCAAGCGACAUGGGAAUCUGUUCUGAGUUUCCUUUGGGAAAUCUACCACUCGACAGCUGAAGUCUUACCAAACAGAUACGCCAUGCCAGGUCAAGAUGUGGAACCUCCAUUCCCUGAUGCUGACAGUACAGAGAUCGACCGCAUUGUGGAAGGGUUCAGCCGGACAGUCCAAGUUUCUUCCAACGAUGCCAACUUGCUCUUGACAGGGCCAGGGACAUUUUCUGGCCCUGUUCGGAUGCUGCCUUAUGGAACGAGAACUGAGCUGUUCUGGCAGUACGUUGCAGCUUGCGAGGCCAAGGGCGUGGCAGCGGGCUCAUACUCCACCUUCAUGCGUGAUGCAGAUCCUUCUUCGUAUGGCCGCUGUGAAGUUGAAGAAGCCCCGGGCAUGAUACCACACCCUGGAGAUGUUUUGCUUUUUGUGAAGAGACACAUGGCAGACGAAGAGCCAACAGCUAUUUUUGCUGUUAUGCCAGCAGCUGUUUGCGUGCAACUUCGUUCCAGCUUCCAGCAGCCCACUGGAGUUUGCCCAAGGCGAGCAAUUGCUGAGCCAGUGCGCAAGAACAUUCAGACUUAUGCGCCUCAAUGCACGAAACAAGGAAUCAUAUCCAAGGAUGCGCAAGUGUAUCUCCUUGGUUGGAUUGACCAGUCCUUGCCGCGAGUUCCCAGGCCAAAGGCCUAUCCAUUUCUGAAUUUGAGAAGGCAUGCGGCUAUCGUAGAGGAUUUUGUGCCCCAUCGAGAAUGGGCUGCUCCUCGUCGAGCCCGUGUCAUUCAAGUGCUGCCAGCAGAAGCUGUCAGUUCUGAAGAUGAACAGGAUGAUGGUGCCAUUGUGGUGAUGAAGUUCAUGUGCGAGUGCGACUAUGUCAAGCAGAAGUACCUUGCUCAGGCCUUUGAUGGUGGAGCGCCCAUUUUCACGAACAUGGUGGAUCUUGGAUCUGGAUGGGCCCAGGAGUUCAGGACGAAUGCAACAAAGCCAGUGCCCAAGGUUGACAUCAUCUUGGUUGGCUACCCCUGCAAAUCGAUCUCGAGUCAGAACUCAAAGCCCAUGUCCUUUGUUGACCCCAAGAGUAUCACAGGAUUGGGCUACCGGUCACUCCUCAAAUACAUUGACUACCACCAACCAGAAUUGGUGGUUGCUGAGAACGUCGGCACGUUAGUCAAGAAGAGGGCCAUUGAUGGCGGGCGUUCUCCAAUUCAGAUCCAGGAGCAGGCAUUUGCCCAGCGUGGUUUUGAGGCCUUCCAUGAUGUUUGCGAUAGCUCUCAUUUUGGCCUUCGCCAAACUCGCCAAAGGUGCUGGGCUCUUUACAUUCGUGGGAAUGGGUUUGGGACACUGGGGCCAAAUUAA